AUGGCCAAGAUCAAGUCGAUUGAGUACUUCCGGGUGAAACCCCGAUGGCUGUUCGUUAAGGUCACCGAUGAGGAGAACCAGAUCGGCUGGGGCGAGGGCACACUCGAAGGGCAUUCAUUAGCCGUCGAAGGAGCAUUGGACGAGAUCAUCGCACGGAUUGUGGGCUAUGAAGCGGAUGAUAUCGAACAUAUCUGGCAAAUGAUAUGGCGACUAGGGUUCUACCGCGGUGGACCGGUAUUUAUGUCUGCUCUAGCAGGAAUCGAUAUCGCCUUGUGGGAUCUCAAGGGUCGCCGACUAGGAGUCCCGGUGUGGCAGCUGCUGGGAGGCAAGGUGCGCAACAAGGUGCAAGUGUACGCCUGGAUUGGGGGGGACCGACCAAGUGAUGUGGAGGCAGCAGCCAAAACACGGAUUGCCCAGCGUCUCAAGUGUAUCAAAAUGAAUGCGACCGAGGAUGUCAACUGGCUCGACUCACCGGCGGUUCUUCAAUCCUGUGUUGAGCGGUUGAAGCAGGUCAAGGCUCUGGGGUUAGAUGCUGGGUUGGACUUCCAUGGCCGUCUACAUCGACCCAUGGCCAAACAGCUGACCCGGGCGUUGGAGCCAUACCAGCCCUUGUUCAUCGAAGAGCCAUUAUUGUGUGAGCAUCCCGAGGCUAUCAAACAGCUUUCUGAGAUGACCAGCAUCCCCAUUGCGUUUGGCGAGCGUCUAUAUACUCGGUGGGACGUGAAACGCUUCUUGGAAGACGCAUCAGUCGACGUGCUCCAGCCAGAUAUUGCGCACGCCGGAGGCAUCUCGGAAACUAAGCGGAUGGCCACUAUGGCCGAGACCUACGACGUGGCGAUCGCACCGCAUUGCCCGCUGGGGCCCAUUGCUCUAGCUGCAUCACUGCAGGUGGCCGUGUCCACGCCUAACUUUGUGAUUCAGGAGAUGUCUUUGGGGAUGCACUACAAUGUGGAGGCUGGAGACAUUGAUCUCAACAGCUACCUGGUCGACAAGACGGUCUUUGACAUCGCCGAGGGCUAUGUGGCGGCGCCAACGAAGCCCGGGCUGGGAAUCGAGAUGGAUGAAGAGCUGGUGCGGCGCAUCAGUCGAGAGACGGCACCGUGGCCACCCAAGGAAUUCUACGGGCCCGAUGGAUCAAUUCGGGAGUGGUGA